CCCUACUGGCCCAGCUGUCAUCGACAAGAAGAGACCAUUCGUACCGGUUGACUUGGAAAUGCAGAAAAUUGAAAAAAGCUGAAAUAUGGCAACAUCUAGGAACCAUAAGGACAUGACGACAAUUUAGAGGUACAUAAUGCACGAUAUAGAAUCCGUUUCAGAAAUGUAAUGUCGAACCAGAGAAAUGCACUCAGGUUUAUACCCGUGGUUUAGAAUUGCACAAAAAUUAUGACGACAACGAUUGGUGCUAAGCUAUGACAUUGAACACACAGGACACGAAACCGACGAGGUCGUUUAAAGAUACACACACCAUUUAAUACCAAUAUCACCGCAUAUCCAGCCCGUGUAUCGCUGUCGGUGGAAUUUUCGGAUACAUUGUUUAAUUUGUCAUCGACAUUGUUGCCUAUCUGCUUCGAUUGCUCGUUAGAACGGCUACAAUGUAUCUACUGUAUUAGCUUGUCGGCUAUUACCCUAGCCGAGCGGCUUGUAUACGGGGAACUAGGCUACCCUAGAUUCAGCAUAGACAAGAAACGUCACCAGCAUUUUCUUCUUUAACUGGACGCGACGGAGGAGGUCAUUGCAGAAAAAAUCUAGAUAUUCGUCCGCUUCUCACCCUUUUUACCUCACCCACUGUUUUCCCUACAUCACCUUUCCCUCCCCUUUCUUCUCGCGCAUGCCUUCACUCCUGUCCUCUCCCUCACCCCCUUUCUCCCUACUAUUCCUCCCUCUCUCCCGCACUACUCUCCUUCCCUCCCCAUGUUAUACAGUAGGAAAUAGCCCUAGAAGACAUUGAGAUAAGAAGAACAAAGUUGAGGAGGAAAUAUUGUCUUUACCCCGGGAUUCAUAAAUGGACGACUACGGCUUCGGGGUCCUGGUGAAGAAUAACGGCAGUGGCAACAAGUCUGCUUUCCCUGUGAGGAUCCCCCCUCACCUCCAACCCCAGCCCCCCCACCUCAAUCACCCCCCCAGCCCCCCUUCAUUCGUCAACAGCACCUCGGCCACCAAUGGAGGAGGUAGCGCAUGGCUGUUCCCCUCCGUAACACCCCACAGUAACAUGCAGGAUGAGAUCCUUGACUCCGACAAGUCCAAAGCCCUGGACCUCCAGGACCUGCAGGAGAAGGCCCAGCCGCAGGCCCUCUCCCCUGGGCAACAAGAGGCCGGAGGUGGCCUAGGGGAGCUGGAUGGAAUCCUACCUGAGGACGGCUCCCUGGAGAAGGGCUCGUUGGAGACCGGUGGGAAGGAGAAGCUUAGGGGUGGGAUGGACUCUCCUCCGGCGUUGGGGGGGUUUGACUACCAGGAUAGCCUGGGGAUGGGGACAUCCGGAGCCCAAUCUACCACCACCUCCUCCUUGACCUCCUUCAACAACUGGUCCCCGACCAUACCUUCCAACCCCUCCCCCGUUAUCGGCGAGGACGUCGGGGGUGGGUUCUUUGGCCCGGCUGGUUCCAACGCUAACGGACCCCAGAUGCUGUUCCAGAACUUCUCCCACCACGCGGGGCCCGGCUUCGGAGGGGCGGGGGGCAGCUUCUCCCCCCAAAUCGGCCCGGUCUCCCAGCACCACCCUCCUCCCCACCACUACCACCCCCACAACCAGGGGGUCCCCCCUCAGCACCGUCGCUCUCCAGCCUCCCCCCACCCUCCCCAGCCCUCCUUCCCUCCUCACCGCUCUGGAGCUUUCACCCAGCUGCCCCACCUGGCCCCGGCCCAGUCCAAGCCCCCCUCCCCUUGGGGCAGCUACCAGAGCCCUGCCCCCCCCACUUCCACCUCCUGGAGCCCCGGGGGAGGUGGGUACGGGGGCUGGGGAGGGUCACAGGGGGUUCGUGAGUACCGCAGGGGCCUCAAUGGAGGGGUGACGGCCCUCAACUCCAUCUCACCACUUAAGAAGUCUUUCCCCAACAAUCAGGUGCCCUCUCAGAAGUAUCCUCGUAAUAACUCUGGGUUCAACCAAAAGGCCUGGAUGGAAGACAGCAUGAGUCGCACUGACAACUUCCCUUUCCAGCAGGAGAGAACCCGUUCCUUUGAUGGCUUCAGCAUGCACUCCCUGGAGAACAGUCUGAUUGAUAUUAUGAGGGCUGAACAGGAUUCAUUGAAAGGUCGCUAUGGUUUCUCUCACCAGGGCGGAGAUGGGUCUUUGCCCAUGAAUGCUAGGAGCUAUGGCAGACGACGAGGUCACUCUAACCUGUUUCCCAUGGAGGACGAGCGGUCCUUCGGAGAGGACGAGUCAGGUGACCAGGGACUUCCUGGUUUAGGAUCCGCCCACUGUUUCCCACACCUCAACGGAGAGCGAGUGGAGAGAUACUCACGCAAGGUGUUUGUGGGAGGACUGCCCCCCGAUAUAGAUGAAGAUGAGAUCACCGCCAGUUUCCGCCGGUUCGGUCACCUGUUUGUUGAUUGGCCCCACAAAGCUGAGAGCAAGUCCUAUUUCCCACCCAAAGGUUAUGCAUUCUUACUGUUCCAAGAUGAGAGCUCUGUCCAGGCUCUGAUCGAUGCCUGUAUCGAGGAGGAUGGCAAGCUCUACCUCUGUGUCUCCAGCCCCACCAUCAAGGACAAGCCUGUCCAGAUCCGUCCCUGGAACCUGAACGACAGUGAUUUUGUGAUGGACGGCUCUCAGCCUCUGGACCCCAGGAAGACCAUCUUCGUAGGGGGGGUGCCACGUCCUCUACGUGCAGUGGAGCUGGCCAUGAUAAUGGAUCGUCUGUAUGGAGGAGUGUGUUACGCUGGCAUCGACACAGACCCUGAGCUGAAGUACCCUAAAGGAGCGGGCCGUGUGGCAUUCUCCAAUCAGCAGAGCUACAUCGCUGCAAUCAGCGCUCGAUUCGUUCAGCUGCAGCACGGCGAGAUCGACAAACGGGUGGAAGUGAAGCCAUAUGUGCUGGAUGACCAGCUGUGUGAUGAGUGCCAGGGGACACGCUGUGGGGGGAAGUUCGCUCCCUUCUUCUGCGCAAACGUCACCUGUCUCCAGUACUACUGUGAGUACUGCUGGGCCGCCAUCCACUCCCGUGCCGGACGAGAGUUCCACAAGCCACUGGUCAAGGAGGGGGGAGACCGGCCCCGACACAUAUCCUUCAGGUGGAAUUAGGGAGGGGGACGGGUUAUGUUGUAGAAAAUAAAUGCACUUUUCUUUUUGCUGGUUCCUAUUUAGUUUCAAAAUGAAAAAAGAAACUUAAAAGCUUAAUUUAAUCUUUAUUUUUUUUUAUCAGACUUUCUUCUAAGACAAGUAAAUGCUAAGAAGUAAAACGAAGUGAAAGAAAUCCCGUUUUGAAUUUAAGUUAAGGUGUGCAUGAGUACUUGGAUGCAUUAUUAGAUAUGAGAAGUGUU